UGAUGAUAAAACUCCACUGUGAGUUCUCCUGUGAGCUCAGUCAGAGAGCAAAGGAGCAACUGAAACCACAGCGGAUCACGCAGAGGUGCUCUGAUGCCAAACAUGCACACUGACUUGGACUAGAUGACUCGUAGGACCAGUCACUAGAGCGCGCCUGAGUUGUUUCAGCCAGAAGCAGAAGAGCUGCUGGACAUAUUGCAAGUUUCCAGACAGCAACAGGUUUAGACUCCAAGGAGCCAAACAGGCUGUGCAGCAAAGAUCCAAACUGGACCUAAUCCAUCUUCUCUUGGGCUUUGUUCCUUCUGCAUCCCAGCAGGCACGUGGCGUGUGGACACACACAGGCUGCACCUCUUGAUCAAAGCCCAGGUCCUGUACAUCUUGUAGCUUUGGCACCUACCACCCAGCCUUUGCUGAAGACGGGAUCUGUUCUUUAUUGUGAGAAACGGAAGGCGAGGGGGAGAGCAAAGAGAAUAUCUCCAUCCAUCUCCAUCCUGAGUCGCUCCCAUAAGCUGCCCCCUCCUCUAUGACUCUUCUUUUGGCCCCUUACCCUUCACCCCCCAACAGAGCAGAAAGCGUGAAAAAUCUCACUAAUGGGUUUAUUUGCUGUCAGAUCUGUGCCGAUCUGUCAUUCCUUUGGACCAUUCUGCCUGACACAGUUCAUAGUUGAGUAACCCUCCUGGCUUUCUGGCUGGAGGUAAAAGUGUCCCCGCAUCGUUUGGCCGGCUCAGAGCUCAUCAAGAGAGGAGCAGCAGCAGCCGUCAUUCUGACAGUCUCUUGGACAGGAAGACCUUGAAGCAGCAUUCCUCUGGUCUCCUUCUCCCUCUUGGGUCUUUGUGUCUGUGCAGCUUGCGCCCUCAGCAUCCAUCAGCUGGUCACCCUAAACGCCGGAGGUUGUUCCUGCAAGAAUUCCAGUACUGAACCAAAGAGCGUGAAGAUGUGGUGUGGGGCUGGGCCUCUGGCUGUAGUGGCCGCAGUGUUCUGGACUCAGUGUGUCCUUCUGGAAGGGGUGGACGCCAAGAAGGAGAGGAAGAGGCCGAAAGACGUCACCCCACAACACACAGAGACAUACAACGCGUCUCUAUCGAACAGCGAAGAGGUUGAUGGGAGCAUUAAGGUUUCUGAGCACCAGAGAGUGGACCCGUUAGGAUCAUGGAUGGACUUUGUCAAACGACCCGUUGGCAACUUCCCUGGAAAGUGUCCUAAACGGAAACGACCCCUGCCGGGCCCACCUGGUCCUCCAGGUCCUCCUGGCCCACAGGGACCUCCUGGAUCUCCUGGGGCUGAAGUGACCCAAGACGUUCUUCUCCAGGAGUUCAAAGAUAUGAUUAGAGAGGCUACAGAAAGACGGGCAGCAACGCUGGACAGACAAACCAGCCCGAGCCAGUUACCAAUGGCCGUUCUCACUCUGGAGGGGAUGACCUCGUACCGGCGAAUAGAAGAGGCUUUCCACUGUAAGCUCAAGGGACCCAUGGUGGUUGACAAGAAGACGCUGGUGGAGCUCCAGAACUUUCAGACACCACCAGCUAAAGGAGCCUUCCUCAGAGGGUCGGGGAUGGACCAGUCCACAGGGAGAUUCACAGCUCCCAUCACAGGAAUCUACCAGUUCUCUGCUAACGUCCACAUCGACCACGACAAGGUGAAGAGGAGCAAGAGUCAGCUGAAGGCCAGGGACAACGUUCGAGUGCUGAUCUGCAUCGAAUCGCUCUGCCACAGAUACACUUCACUGGAGAUGAUUGUCGGAUUAGAAAGCAACAGCAAGAUAUUCACGGUCAGCGUACACGGCCUGCUGGAGCUGCAGGCUGGCCAGUACACGUCCAUAUUCGUGGAUAAUGCAGCCAGCGCUUCCAUUACGAUACAGAACGGGUCAGAUUUCAUGGGCAUGCUGCUCGGCGUAUAGCCUCCUACCCUGUCCCAUGAGCAGGGCAGCAUCCAUGUCAUCCACUACAGCUGUUUCUGUUUGUUUGUUUGUUUGUUUUUAAACGGACUGCUUAUGAGCACUGUCAGUCACCUAAUACAGGGCGGCUUGAAGAAGGACAGACGGGUGGCACUGAACUUGACUGCAUGUCAGAUGGUGAAAGGACAGUGUGUAGAGCUCAAGGACUGAGCUUGUUUUUCACGGAGCACUGCCACUUCCUCCGGGAUCUUUAACGCCCGAUGCGUCAGCAAGCACAAUAAUCUAAAAUUAAAGCAGUGAAUACAUCUAUUACACUAUACGGUCAUGAUUGUAUUAAACCUUGUUGAAACAAUAUUUGUAUUACACCAAAUAUAAUUUUUUUGUUAUAUUUUCUGCAUUGAUGUUGGAAUUGUUGUCCAACACAAGACCAGCAGUUUUGCGUGUGCGUAUGUGUGUGUGAUUUUUUUGUAUAUUGAUAUGAUUGUCAUUCUUGUGUAUUGUGUGCACAUUUAUUUUUUAUCAUUUAAAUCUCACAUUUAUAUAUUAAAUAUGAUGCAUAAACUCUAUGAGUACACUGGACAAUGGAAAUAUACUCAGUCAAAAAUACUAUUUUAUGGUUUAUUAUGAUUUUAUCUUUGCCAAGGAAGCCACACUGGAAGGAUUAUUCCAAAUCUAAUGACCUAAAUUUCAUGAAAUCCGUUUAAAAAGUAAAAAAAAAAAAAAAAAAAAAAAAAAAAAAAAAACCGACAAAAAAAAAGAGACAAAAAAAAAAAAAAAACACGACAAAAAGAAAAAAAAGAAAAGAAAAUGAAAAACAAAAAGAAAAUGUAACUCAGAAGUGGGCCAUAAAUAAAGAAAAUUAAAUGGGCAUAACCAAUUUUGAAAUAAUUUCAAACAAUUCCAAGAUUUGAUGCUUUGGACCUUGGCAGUGGCAUGCACGUGAGAGAGUGCUGUUCUUAUUUAAAACUGUUUUAUUCUGAUUUUGACAUAUUUGUAAUUUAUCAUAACUGAUACUCCAGUAACAUUGGAAAGCCGUACAUUUUGAUAAAGGUAUUUAUGUUUGAGCUGUAACCACAGUUUGUGUUGAGAUAUUUCAAUCUAGAGUUACUUUAUAUUCCCAUGGACAAAUUAUUGCAACAAUAAAGAUAUAUCAUUA